AAAGCUCAGUAGAAGGGUUGCGCUGUGGUACCGUGCAAGCUAUAGCAGAGGGCAUGAUGUCCUGAGUGCUUAGUUUUAAUCGUGAUGAUGACCCAAUUUGGCUACAGUUUAACCUUGAGCAAGUGUUUUAAAUGUGUCUCUUAGGGAAACUUACUCUCAGCUCCCUCUCAAUGUGUGAUGCUAUUUUGAAAACAGAAAUGGAUCAAACUAACAUUGAAGGAUUCUGACAAAGGACUGGUUGCCAAGAAUGAAAGAUGACGAUGCUCACGGGUACCGUGAUGAUUUCGGCUGUAACCUUUUUGUUGCAUGGCAUGCCGAAUUUGCUCAAAGACCCAGGAGUGGCUGCAAAUGUUUUUGAUGUGUGUACCACCUGCCACCCUAAUGCCACUUGCGAAAUGAAAACCGAUGGGAGUGGAGGCUACGCCUGUAACUGCAAUUAUGGCUUCGUAGGCAAUGGAAGAACUCACUGUGAAGAUAAGGAUGAGUGCCAGAUUGGUGCCAACUUCAUCUGUGGCGACCACACCAUGUGCCACAACACACACGGGAGCUUCUUCUGCACCUGUCUCUCUGGAUACAAACCCACCAACAACAUGGCCGUCUUCAUCCCCAACGACGGCUCCUAUUGCCAAGAUAUUGAUGAGUGUGAGAUCCAGGGUGUGUGCGGCGUUGGAGGUCAAUGCAGAAACACUGACGGGGAUUUCGAGUGUGAAUGCCAGGUUGGGUAUCGCGUGAAAGGAGGCACCGUUCCAUUUCACCCUCAUCGAACGAAGGCAUUUUGUCAAGCCGUCGACUGUGGACCCCCACCUCCAGUGCAUCAUGCCAUACUGCUCUCCCGGCAUCCUGCUACAGUCUAUGGGAGUGUGGUUAGCUACGGCUGCCAGCCGGGAUUCCUGUAUAGGGAAGGGGACAACUCGUCACUCUGUACAGAGCAGGGCACAUGGAGAGGUCCCAGUCUUACCUGCGAAGAGGUCACCUGUGGGGAGCCCCCUACCUUUCCCCACGCUAGCGUAAUAAUGUGGGACAGAAACACCCGGAUGGGGGCCGAGGUGCAUUAUGGGUGUGAGGGGGGCUUUCGCCUCGUUGGACCCUCAAGCAUAACGGUUUGCACGGCUGCCGGGGUCUGGAGCACUCUCAGUCUACACUGUGAAGAAAUAGCAUGUGGCCAGCCUCCUGCUGUUCCUCAUUCACACAUGUCAUGGGAUGGGGGCACCGUCAUUGGCUCCAGUGUGGCAUAUCAGUGUGACAAGGGAUAUCACCGUGUGGGCAAUGGCAACAGCUCCAUUUGUACUGAGAAAGGACUAUGGAGUGAAGUAUCAUUCACAUGUGAAGUGGUGACCUGUGGGAAUCCCCCUAUGCUGCCUCACGCUGGACAGGUGUGGAAUGGCAGCACAACGGUUGGCAGCACUGUUCUCUAUUACUGUAAUGGGAGCUUUCAUUAUGUGGCAGGAACAAAUAUUUCUGAAUGCACUACUAACGGUUCUUGGACACAACCAACACUGACUUGCAAAGAGAUUGACUGUGGCACUCCCCCCGCCUUGCCCCACUCUCAUAUGCUGUGGCUUGAAGGCAGUCAUAUGGGGGCUGAAGUAUUUUAUGAGUGCGAUGUGGGAUAUUAUAAUGAAGGACUUGGAAAUGUCUCCAUUUGCACAGUUGAUAGUAUAUGGAGCUCUCCUUAUACUGUUUGUCAAGAGAUAUCAUGCGGAAGUCCUCCUGCUGUCCCUCAUACGAGGACACUAUGGGACAAAAGCACCCGGUUUGGUGCUAAAACGGUUUACGAGUGUGACACUGGAUAUCGCAAUGUGGGACUGGGAAACACAUCCGUUUGUACAACAAAUAGGCUGUGGUCAGGGCCACUUGUGAUAUGUCAAGAAAUCAGUUGCGGCCCCCCUCCUAUAAUACCUCAUGCCGACAAACACUGGGAUGAGAAAGCUGUACCUGGGACUGUGGUUGAAUACUCAUGUGAAGACGGCUUUUACUUGGAAGGGGGUCGCAGCUGGUUGACAUGCACAUCAAAUGGGGAGUGGGAACCUGCCUCAAUACACUGUAAAGAGAUUGACUGUGGCGCUCCCCCCACUGUUGCCCACUCUUGUGUGGUGUUGUCCAGAGACGCCCAUGUGGGAUCUGAGGCGUAUUAUGGGUGUGAUGUGGGGUACUAUAACGCGAGAGCUGGGAAUGUCUCGGUGUGCACGGUUAAUGGGACAUGGACCUCCCCUAAUGUGGUCUGCAAAGCAAGGUGUGGUCACGUUCCCGAGGUAGCCCAUGCAGAGGUGCUGUGGGACAAUGCCAGUGUGGCUGUCCACCGCUGUGCGGAGGGAUACUACACCUACGGCGGGGUCAACAUGUCCACGUGUGGGGCGGAUGGAAGGUGGCGCCCAGCUACCUUACGGUGCAGAGAAAUUAGAGAUGGAUUAAGCCAUUUAGAGGUUUACGAUGAGAGAUGCCUGCGCUGGGUCACUGAUGGCAAAAGAGAAGACUACAAAGUUCUGAUUGUUGGCAUCAGAGACUAUCAGAAAUCCUUUGUGGAUAGAAGAUUCAACACUUUCAGUUUUAGCACUAAGAGGCCCGAGGUCUGCCUUAAACUACUGCCUGCUACUAACUACACCGUCAACAUCACUGCUGUGCUAGCAAACUCCUCUGCAGUGGUCACAGCCAACACCACCGUCUCAGUGACCCCAGAGCCAGAGAUCACGUUCAGAGAUGUAGAGGGGCCACAGCCAACUCUCUGGCUGCACAGAUCGGUCCACACCCUGGACCCCAUCUGCCAGUACGAGGUGUUUGUGGUGCCAGCAGAGGGCAGCAGCAUAGUGUUCGACUGCAGCCCAACCAGGACUCCACCACGUUUCUCAGGAGAAGGCAGCAGCAGCAGCAGCAAUUGCCAUGGUGAAUAUGUAGCAGCCCAGUUCCCACUGAGAGAUGUGGGGAGGGAGCUGAGCUUCACCAUAGGUGAUGGCCAACACUACGCAGGCUACUUUAACGCUCCCCUGAAGAAUGGGCAGGAUUACUUUAUCAUAUUGAAGACUGCAUGCCAGUGGGGAGAGAGCCGGAAACAUUCAUGUGUCUUAUGGGCGAAGACAAGAGGAAUAUCAUACAGAAUGAGAACAUCAUCCCUUGUGGCUGCUGGAACCAUAGCUUUUUUUGGCUUUGGUAUACUCAUAGGAUAUUUGUAUAAUAGGUAUUUCAAGAAUUGAUGGCUGAAUACAAGAAUCAAGACUGCACAUCUUUUUUUGUAGUUUCGGUUUAAAUGUUUAAAGCAUGCUGUUUUUCAAUGGAUACUUUUUAUACAUAAACUUUAAUAAAUAACG